AAUGAAUGUAUCUGAUAGUCAAGGACAACCCUUAGGGUGAGUUUCAUCAAUCUUGUAAUUGUCAAAGUGCAAGAUAGCUUUGUUGUUGUAUCAGAUAAAUACGUAUGAAUGACUGUACCUCUACAAAAAGUGAUUUUUCCUUUGCCUUAGAAAUGAGAUUCGUGAGUCAUAAUUUUUGGAUGGUGGAACGGGGCUUUUAAAGAGUUUUUGUGACUCACCAAUAAUAACUGUCAGGCUGAUUGACGUUAUCGUUAUUGUUUGAUUGACUUAUUUUCUGAUCAGUUGAUUGAUUGUUUCUUUGAUUUCCUAGGUGUCUGACUGAUUGUAAGGUGCUAUGAAUGAAUGACUGAUUGAUUAAUUGAAUGAUUGACUGAUUCAGUGAUUGAUUGACUUACUGACUUGCUGAUUAGGUGACUGACUGAUUGAUUGAUGAUCGGACAUCAAUGGACCAAGCAAGAAUUGGCCAACAGACUAACUUACAAAUAGACCAAUUGAUUGAUUGAGUAGCUUACUGACUGAUUGAUUGAUUGAUUGAUUGAUUGAUUUACAGGCCUCGUGAGAAGUCAGUUCUAAUAACUCUUUUGAAGUUUACCUUAGCCAUGAUUUUGUUACCAAUCUCCUGCUUUUUCCUUUCCAAGAAAAUCUUCUUUGAAGGUAACCAUAUUAUUUUUUGGUACAAAAGCUACAGAAGUUUUCCUUAAUUUCCCCUUCCACUCCCAAUGUUUAAAUAGUAAUUUUCCCAAAUUUCACAUUUUUCCCUACAUAUUUCUAGCAGUUUUUGUCCUAGGAAUUUGUUUUUCCACUAAACAAUAAUCUCCUAUUUGACAUUUUUCUUUAUUAUCACCAAUUGUCAGCCUAAUAGUGCAUUGAUAUUGUGAAGUAUUUUCAUGUGAUGUUGAAGCAUACAGAAAUGUCACCAAGCUCUGCCUUGGGUGUCAGUAUUGAUAUCCUCUCAAUGAUAAUUAAUCCUUACACCCCUAAGAGUGAUGAUCAUCUAAUAUCACACCUGAAUCACACAUGCAGGUCUUGAGAAUAGAGGAAAUGAUCACCAACUAAGGAAGCUCUUGAAUGUUAAACAAAUCCUUCUUGUCAGCACCUUAGGGAUGUAUAGAGAACAGUAUGGAGAAUAUACAUACUGAUGUUAGGGUGUAGAGGGUUAAAAAUAAUCAUUAUUUUAGCUUGAAAAAUUAUAGUAAGAGAAAUUUUAACUCUUUCUCCAGGCUGAUAGUCUCUCUCAUCCAGUUUUGUAGAACCUGCAUAGUAGAAUAGGUUACACUUGUUGUAACCAUUACACUACAUGUUAUUUUAACUCAUGGUAGAAAGCUACUUUAGUGAUAUCACUCCUACUUUCCUGUAUUUUUCAGAUAUACUGGGUUAUCCAAAUGGUGCAAUAGGUGCAGCAGGAGUAACUGUGAUAGUUAUUCAUAUUAUUGUUGGUUUUUACAUCUGGGUGGCUAUACAAGAAGAAAAAGAACCAGCACCAAUAAAACAAGAUUAGAAAAAGAUGAGAAUGAUGUGUUUGCCACUCAACAACAAUGAACACAAAAUGUGUACCUCACCAGAUAGAUGGGAAAAUGUCUGAAGUCCAAGGCAAAGCAAGAAAAGGAAACCGGGUUUAAAUUAAAGCGAGCAAACCUGUUAUGUAUGUUGUGGUUUUGGUUAAAAAAUUUCCAAUCCAAGACAGAGGAAAACAAAAUCAAACAAAAUCAAAACAAUUUUUUAUUUGUGGUAAUAUACAAAUAUAGCUCCUAUUGUACUCAUUUUACACAAAUUUCACUGCAAUGUCAAUAAAUGACAAGCAUAACCAUG